GCAAAACGCAACCAAGCACACGACCCUUUUCCCUCUUGCACACGUGCAUUUCUCUUGCAUUCCUCUCCAAAUAUUUGAAGUUCGUAGAGUGUCACUAAAACACCUUGGCCCUCCCUUAAAGUCCUUCACACGCGGACCAUCCACGAGCGGUGAAGACCUCCGCACUCGCAUACCCCACAGACACGAGCGGAAUACGAAGGGCAGCAUGGGCGGCUUCACAUCGAAACUUUCGUCGCUUAUAUGGGGAAAGAAGGAGAUUCGAAUAUUGAUUCUGGGGCUGGACAACGCCGGCAAGACGACGCUGCUUUACAGACUCAAGAUCGGCGAAGUCGUGACUACAAUACCGACAAUAGGCUUCAAUGUGGAAUCGGUGACUUACAAGAACCUAAACUUCAACGUCUGGGACCUAGGGGGUCAAACCUCCAUCCGUCCGUACUGGCGCUGUUACUACGCAAACACCGCUGCCGUCAUCUUUGUCAUCGACUCCACUGAUAUCGACCGCCUUAACACUGCCUCCGAAGAACUCUCUGCAAUGCUAAACGAAGAAGAACUCCGCGACGCCGCGCUGCUCGUCUUCGCAAACAAGCAAGAUCAACCCGGAGCAAAGGGUGCAGGGGAGAUAUCAGAGGCAUUGAGGUUAGGCGAGCUGAAGGAUCGGAAUUGGAGUAUUGUGGCUUGCAGUGCGAUAGAUGGAAGAGGAGUAGACGAGGGUAUGGAUUGGUUGGUCCAAACGGUGAAUCAAGAUAACUAGACCACGACCCACGGCAUCGGGUGAAUAACACGGUUUUCAGAAUACCAGGAAGGCAUACGAAAUGCACGUCUGCGUAAAUUUCGGAACUCAGGGCGUAUAGUUGUGGCGGAAGGUAGAAGGGGCAUGUUCGUUCAAUACCAGCAUGGCGGGG